AGAGUAAAUGACAGAAUUUUCAUUUUUGGGUGAACUAUCCCUUUAACAUGUAACAAGUUUGAACAAAUAUGUAAUUUUUUUAUUAACAGACAUCAACUGAUUUUUAAACAGCUGUUGAAAGAAUUUAUAAAGUGCUUUGCUGACUGUACUUUAUGCUGACCUCUGUUGUAAUGAGCAAACUCAUCAAUCAAUCUGUUUUCUGGCUCCUUUUCCACAAAAACUGCAGCUGGACAUGUUUCCCUAGGACCAGGGCUUGAGCUGAGGGGGAUGCGAGUGGAUGCCAUAAACCAUCCCCAUUAUAAACCCCCCUUACCAUCCCCUUUAUAUUAAUUGUUUCAUGUAUUAGAAAUAAUCAUGCAAGUAAAAUGUUUAAUUCUCUGCAUUUGAUAAAUAACAGACUUUAAAUAAUGCCGAUUAGCUAAUCGGAAUUAGAUUUCAACACAUUUGGGGUUGCUAGAUUUCAAGAGGUUUAAUCCCUCAAUCAGAUAUGUACACUUGCACAGUUUGGAAAUAUUCUACCAGUGUGGCGCUUAAGUUGUGCAAUCUGACAACCAUGAGCGCACAAGCUCUCUCCACUGUAAAAAGGCGCCAGUUUUCUGAAAACACCAUCGUCAAACAGAAACAGGUGUGAGUUUAGCAAUGGGUUGACUUGUCCUUCCUAUUGUUCACAUGAAGCUUACACCACUUGAGUUACUGCAAGUUUUCAAAAGUUUUUUGGACUUUCAAAAACAGCCAAGAACAAUUCAAGGAAACAAUUUGUAUUUCUUUAAAAAGAUGAGAACAGAAUGUAAGAUAUUGCUAUGACAAGUGUACAGUUACAACAUGCAUGUGUUUUAAACUCAAACGAUUUUCAGGGUUUCACCCAUAAAUAGCUUUUGGUGUGUAGAAAAUCAUUUUGCACCUCUGUUUAAGGAUCCUUCAUAGAAACAGCCCAACCUUCCAUUACUAGUUUGGUUAUAAGAGUGAAAAAAAGUGGAAAGAGUGUCUGUUUCUUUCAUGAUCAUAAUGAGGAUUCUAUUCACAAAAUUAAUCUUAAAAUACAAUAACAGAUGGUAACAGGUGGAUAUUAUGGCCAUAUGUAAUAAGGGCUCAUUUAUUUAUUUUUUUGUCAAGACCAGAUCUAAACUAAAGAUAAAGAAAAAUGCAAUUAACAAUAAACAUUUACUUGAAUACAUUUCUUCUAUGAUUGGCAUAUUUAAACAUUUUUACAUUUCAUGUCAUAUUGAUAUUUUUUCUGGGGCUUAAAAAAAAAAAUGUCAUGGUGUCCAGAAACAUUAAAAAACAAAAAAACAAAAUUAAAAGCUGAAAUUCUUGAAAUUAUAAAUGUUGGCAUGACUACUGCAGGAUAAUCUUUUAUUGUUGUUUCUUAAAUAAAUAAAAUAAGCAGUGAACCUAUUGUUUUAAUAUAUGAUUAAUGUUUUUACCACCAAAUUGGUUAAACCAAUAUGUAUUUUUUGUAUAUGAUUACCUUAAUAACCACAAAAAAGGACCCUCAAGACAGUAAGACAUUUUUAUUAAAAGGCACAUUUUCUUCUGAUCAUGUGGUGUAAUCCGGAGAAAACAUCUUGAUAUUUUUGACACAAAAAUUCAUGAUAUUUAUAAAAAUAUUUUGCAUCUAGAAAAAUGGGUUUCAAAAAUGUUUUGAAAUGAAUGAUAAAGUUGUUUAUUCUCAAGUAUUCAAGGUGCAAAUAAAGUAUUAUAAUACAUUUUACUUUAUGGUUAGACCACAUUACAUUUUUUAUUUUUUUAAGUUUGAUACCACCACCGCCCUUGAAUGUUGUUUUUUUUUAUUGUUUUGCAAAUCGACAACUGCCUAGGACUGACUAUCCCCAAAUGUCAAACAUCUACAAAUAUGUGUAUUUCAUCAUUCCCUUACUCACUUGAAACAUCCUCAAGAAUUGGCUCAAACCAAAUUCCUCUUGUUUUAACAUUUUCCAGCACAUACAUGCUCUAUGAAGCCUUAAUUUAGGCCUCUCACAUACAGUAUUUUCUACAGAGAAUAUGACCAAAUGGAGUGGAAUAGGAAAAAUGGAGGGAGAACUUUUGUGUAUUUUGGGUAAGAUGCAUGAUCCCUAUUCCUUAAUUUACAAGUGAGAGGUGAAUUAUGUUAAAAGAUAUACAGCUUAUCACUAGGACUGUCAGGGGAAGUAGAAGGAACUGGUUUAGUGUGACUGUAUAUUCAAAACAGUGCUUCAUAAAGGCACAAAUGAUCUCAACCCACUGCAUAUUUGCAUGAAAACAAACAUUUAUGUUCUCUUUUUUUAUCUCUUCCAUUUGUCCGUCUAUUUGCAUGUGUGUAAAUCUUUCUUUCCACUGAAGCUUUCAUACACCCAAUUCAGAGAUGUAAAAGUACCCUUUCUAUGCCCCUGUAGCCAGUGGCUCAGCCACCUAUCCCUCUAUAUAUUUAUUAUUCGACCAAUGUUUCAUCUAAUAAACUAUCCAUUCAUUUAUCCAUCCAUGUACUGUUUUUGUCUCUUUCGGAUUGCUCACUAGGGGCUUAAACUAAAUAAGGCAUAAUUUUCAGCUGCUUUGAAACAGUAUUAUGAAAAGGGCUAAUCGAGUUACUUGUCAUGACCUGCACUAAUAGAGAGUGCUGUGUCUCUGUGUUUCUCCACAGACUGCUGAAGUAUAGUGCUCACCUUUUUAUCAUGCAGAGCAUCAAGUGUGUGGUGGUGGGGGAUGGAGCAGUCGGAAAAACCUGCCUGCUCAUCUCCUACACGACCGGAGCGUUUCCCAAGGAGUACAUUCCCACCGUGUUCGACAACUACAGCUCGCAAGUCAGCGUGGACAGCCGCACCAUUAGCCUUAAUCUGUGGGACACAGCCGGCCAGGAAGAGUACGACCGCCUGCGUACGCUCUCCUAUCCACAGACCAACGUCUUCAUCAUCUGCUUCUCAAUCUCCAGUCCACCAUCAUAUGAGAACGUCAAGCACAAGUGGCACCCAGAAGUGACGCACCAUUGUCCCAGUGUGCCCAUCUUGCUGGUGGGCACCAAGAGUGACCUCCGCAAUGAUGCAGAUGUGCUGAAGAAGCUCAAGGAGCAGAAUCAGGCACCCAUCACGCAGCAGCAGGGCCAGGCUCUGGCUCGACACAUCCAUGCCAUCAAGUACCUGGAGUGCUCUGCACUCAAUCAGGAUGGCAUCAAGGACGUGUUCGCAGAUGCAGUGCGUGCCUUCCUCAGUCCACAGCCUGUGGUGGCCAAGAAGCACUGUGUACUCCUCUGAUAAUACAGAGUAGAUAGAGGUAUUUUAAUUGAAUUACACAGAGAAAUGCAUGAGAAUGUUGUGGAAUAGUAGGUGUUCUAUAAAUGGUGACCAAGAAACUCAGCCUUAAAGCUGAAGUAUGUAAUUUCUGCGACAACAAAUAGACAUGCAAAAAUAAACUUUUUAAAUUAUAAACAGUGUGGAAGCUGUUUUCAACAGCUUUCUGAAUGUAAUUGUGUUUGUACAGAUGGGUCGCAUAAAACAAACAGAGGAUUUUCAUUGAGCUAUAGAGACACAGUGCUUACAGUUUUUGAGAAAAUAACUGUAAAAAACUGUAAAAACCUACGAAUAGGAGUAUUUUAAUACAGAAAAGGUUACAUACUUCAGCUUUAAAGGAAUAGGUCAGCAUAAAUGAAAAUUAUGUCAUUAUAUACGCACCCUAAUGUCACUUCAAACCUGUAUGACUAUGAACACAAAAGGUCAAUAUUUAAAAAGGGUUUAUUCAUGUAAUGUAAGUGAACAGUAACUCGAAAAAGGACAACAAAACACCAUAAAACCACCAUAAUAUUAAUCAGUGCUACCAAUAAGCUACAAUCCAUGUCUUCUGAAGCAACAAUCAUUUUGUACGAUGAAUAGAAUGAAAUUUAAGAAGCUAUGUCGAUAACAUGAAACCUUGUUGGUUCUCAUUGCGUCUCGUGACCAAACGUCUGACAUGACAUUACAACCUUUGGUCAUGGGAUCAGUCAUACAGGUUAGAAGCGACAUGAGGGUAAAUAAAUAAUGACAGAAUUUUCAUUUUUGGGUGAACUAUUUAACCUGUGACAUUGGUGAAAUACGUAAUUAAGUAAAAUAUCAAGUAAAGAUAUAUUUUUGUUUUACACUAUGCAAUGAGAGCCCCAUCGAAGGCAUAGAAAUAGUCAGGCCAAAAGACAUGUUACUAGUCUGUUUGUAUAUCUGAGGAAAAACCUGAAAAUUUAAAAACUUGAACUGUUAUUUAAAAAUGUUUUUCCUUUAAUGAGUAAAUAAUUAUGGUUCUACGAUGAUAAAAUGAAAGAAACAUCUAGAUGUUUGGGGACUUCACCAUACUUCUAAACAAGUUUGAUAAAAUCUACUGGUAUUACAGGAAAACAAAAGAUGUGAUGUGAAAGGGGGGAAAAAAAAAUGGGCGAAAAUAUUUCCAGAUCCUUUAAAGUGUCUGGACCCUAAUUAAUAAAAUUGUAGUUAUUUUUUAUUUUAUUUUUUAAAAACGGAAAAUCUGAGAAUGUGAUAAAUAUGUAUUAGUACUAAUAUAAUAAAGCUUUUACGCCUAUGGCACUUGUUCUGUGAUUGGGGUAGGAGUAGGGUAUACGUCCUUGAGAACAGUCCUUUAGUGUAAAAAGUGACAUUUAUAACAUGUAUUAGCAUACCUGAUCUGAAGGUAUUUUCGUCUGGGAGCUUAUAGUUCAUUACUUACUCAUAGU